GGGGCCAAUGGCGCCGGGACGGGCGCCGUGCUGAGCGCCGUGCUGAGCGCCGUGCUGAGCGCCAAGCGGGGGACGCUGGGACCGGCCAGUGCUCUGGCGAGAGCUGUUAGAAAGUCAGUGAGGCCACGGUGACGGUUGGUGGCUGAGCCGCGCGUUGUGCGGAAGGAAGAUCCUACAGCUGAUAGCGGUGGCCGAGCAGCGCGUCGUGCGGGAGGAAGAUCCUCCAGCUGAAGGAGUUCAGCGAAGGGUUCUUGGAUCGGAGCGGUGCAGCGCCGCGGAAAAGGCCGGAGAUGGAAGAAUUCAGCAAUUCCGAGUCCAGAGCCCCGGAAUUCGAAAAUUUUCCAGAUUUCCACGUGACGGAGUCUCAGGCGACUUUGAAAGUCAUCAAAAGGGAGGUAAAGCCAGUACGGAUGGAUCAGAGCCAGGGGCCCGAGGGGAGACCCAAGACUUUCUUCAGACAGGAUGCAUCCUCUGGAACCCAUGAGCACUUCCACGAGUCUCGGAAAUCUCUGAAUUUUCACCGCCUUCUCAUUUUCUACGCAGUUCUUUUCUGGGCAGUUAUCGUCUGUAUCUUCUACCUGAGAUGCAAAAUUUAUGUUCUGGAGAAGAGAGUUGAGUCCCUGGCCUCCUUCCUUGAAUCCUACGAUGCCGAAAGGAAGAUGUCAGAAAUGGGAUCCCGGAUGCUUGCCAACAUGAGCGUCGUCUGCGAGAAGCUGACGGCUAACGUCCUGAAAUUGGAAAAGGUACAAGACAACCUGCAGAAGCUGCUCAAGAAUGACAACUGACUGACCCGGCCCUUCCGGGUCAACCUGAUGCCUACAAUUCCCACUUUAGCAAGCCCACUCUGAGCCCCAGGAAGGAACCCGGCCGACGGAGACACCAUCAGCACCGAAUCCAAAAUGCAAGAAAGAGGGUUCUUGGGCAACCUGAGUUAAACCUGAUGCUCUGAGGAGUGUGUUUCAACGCCUCUCCUGAAGAGAGCUGAUCCUGUCUCUGGAGAAGGAAGGAUUCUGCAGGACCGCCCUGGAACCGGAUGUCUUCUGUUCCUGCAGAACGGCACCCCCUCAAUCUCCUAUUUCCUUCCCCUGUCUUUGGCCUUUAGUGCCCCGGCUCCCAACUCAAAAAUCCAGGCUCUGCCAAGUCUGUGGCCUGGUCCCCGAAAAAGGCAGGCAUCACAGCCCUACCAGACCACAUGGUGGAUCCGUUCCGACAAGCGGGUCUCCUGUGUGGUGGCUUUGUACUACUGUUCGUCUCCCCCGAAGUAACCUGCAGGCUUUACUGUGCUCAGAGUGGGCUUGAAAAUCGUAGGAAACAAUGUAGGCUAAACCUCUUUAGUUUGAGUUUUGUUUUUGGCUAAGGUCGGUAGGUGGUUGUAAACAAUGUUCUGGUUACAGGAGGUGGGAGACAUGAGGCAGAAGGAUCGGAUUUGGUGAUUCCCAUCCUUCCAAAUCCCCCCACAACCUUCACAGGCAGUGUGGUGGCGAAUUAAAAAUUAGAUGUUGAAAUUUACAGUUUGGCUGUGUUCGAAACCUUUCCAAAGAGGAGUCUAUGUAGGGAGCACACAAGUCCAUGUCAACACUCAACUAUCUGAUGUUUUUCUCCUUGCUGCCUCAGAUUUAGAAAUACUUAGUCGUUUGCUAAUUUCAUUUACCGCUUGGGAUUUUGGGGCUGGUUCCCUUGUUUAGGAUUCUUUAGCAGCUUUAAAUAUAUUCAAUUUCUGUUAUAGUGUUUUAUCAUUAGUUUUGUCAUGUGCUUAUGUUUAAUCCAGUAAACUAGUGAAGUAGGUAAACUGGUUACAUUAUUUGUUUUGUUAAGUGCACUAGGCAGUUCCUGUUACAUCCAUGGCUUUUAAUAAAUGUUUAGUGCAAAUAAUUUUCAGUCAGCUCUUUCU